AUGGACGUUGCUAUGAAGUCGUGGGAGCUCGACAACAACGUCAAACUGGUCGACCCAUCACGCGAUGCCCUCUACAACUACGACGCCGAGUCCCAAAAGGCAAUCAACCAGCAGAGGCCAUGGGCCAAGGACCCAAACUACUUCAAGUCGGUGCGCAUCAGCGCCAUCGCCCUGAUCAAGAUGGUGAUGCACGCCCGGUCCGGCGGCUCGCUCGAGGUCAUGGGCAUGAUGCAGGGCUACGUGGACGGGACGGCGCUCGUGGUCACGGACGCCUUCAGGCUCCCUGUAGAAGGCACCGAGACGAGGGUCAACGCGCACGACGAGGCCAACGAGUACCUGGUCGAGUACCUCCGGCUCAGCCGCGAGCAGGGCAGGCUGGAGAACGUGGUCGGGUGGUACCACAGCCACCCCGGGUACGGGUGCUGGCUGUCGGGCAUCGACGUCAGCACGCAGUUUCUGCAGCAGCAGUUCAUGGACCCCUUCGUCGCUGUUGUUAUCGACCCGGACCGCACCAUCAGCGCCGGCAAGGUUGAGAUUGGCGCCUUUAGAACCUAUCCCGAGAACUACAAGGCCGAGGAGGCCAGCACGUCGGACGGUUACCAGCCCGUGCCGCUGGCCAAGGCUGAGGAUUUUGGCGCCCAUGCGAGCAGGUACUACGCCCUCGAGACGGAGCAUUUCAAGAGCACCCUCGACGCCCACCUGCUGGAGCUGCUCUGGAACAAGUAUUGGGUUCAGACCCUGUCGCAGAGCCCUCUCAUAACAAACCGUGAUUAUGGCAACAAGCAGAUGCUCGACCUGGGAAGCAGGAUCAGGGACGUUAUUGGCGUCAUGCAGCGGAACGGCCGCUCCGGUCAGUCGGGUUACGGUAUGACAUUGGGAGGCGGCUCAGGCACUAGCAAGGCUGUUGAGAGCGCCAUUGAGACCAUGGCCAGGGACAGCAUGCACGUCGCCGCCAGUCAGAGGGCCGCUUUAAUGGCGGGUGAGCUAAAGGCAAAGGUGUUUACCGGCCAGGCCGAACCGUCGGCGGCGUCGUAG